AUGGUCAUAGGCCUUCUCGCCAUAACAGCCAUCCCCACAGUCGCGGGCGUCGCGUUCGGCGUCAGCGAACAACGUAAAGCCAACACGCGAAUGCAAGACGAGAAACGAAUGGCCAAAUUCUACAUGCAGGUAUAUUGCGAAGGAGAUUCAGAGAAAGCGCAGAGUUUGAAUGGGCGGAGAGCUGUGUUGAGGGAUAAUAAGGUGUAUCUUGAUCAUGCGGAUCCAGCCCUUCGGAAAAUACCGUCGCAUACAGUUGGCGCGUUUUUCAUUGCAUACCCAGAUGACGACAAUAAGCCUGGAGACGGCCUCGUCAGCACGAUAUCUGAUAACCCGCCUAUGCUGAAUUGGAUAUAUGUUGAUAAAGAUACAUUGGAACUGAGAUAUGGAAAUCGGACUCAGAGUUUACCGCAUAUCGUCGGCCAUUGGGAUUGGACGGAAGACGAGUCAGGAGUUUUGUUGAAGAACAAAGAGUUGUGGGCCGCUGUCGAGGAAGAGGAGGAUGUUUGGGCGUUAUAUUUUGACAAAAAUGAAGAUGGACUGGAAGGCGUCGUCGAUCCCAGUAAGACCGUGAUUGAUAUUAGUAUAGAUAGAGAUCUCAUUGAGAAACCUAGUGAGAAUGGAGGUGAAAAUAAAACGUGA